AGUUAAAUAAUUGUUGACACAAACCUACCUGCAACCUUCAGCGCGGCGGACGCCAUGUUUGUAUCUCGGAACCAAAAAGCAGUGGAAGAGUUUUUCAGCGAGCGUAUUUAUCUGCGACACAGACGGUUACACAUGUGAGGAAAAAGAUGGCUAGUGGAGCUGUGAGGAGCGUGCUGGAGGAGUGUUUAAAGAAAAUAAAUGUCAACACAGCACAGCCAGAUAACUUUCUUAGCCGUCAAGAUGGAGUGGCAGCAGACUUUACCUCUCUCACUAAGACCCUGUAUGACCUCCACAAAGCUGAGGAGCCUGCAGAUUCUAAAGGCAGCCCAUUGGCUCAACUGGUGGUGGAAAACUUUGAUGAAGAGCAGAUCUGGCAGGAGCUGGAGCUGCAGAACAACGCCGUACUAGAACAUUUUAAAAAUGUAGCUGAUGAGGCUUUGUCAGAUGAGAUGUUAACACUGCUGGUAGAGGAGGAAGAAGUAGAGACUGAUGAUGCAGAAGAAGAAGAAGAAGAAGAAGAAGAGGAGGAGGAACUAUCUAGGCAGUCUAAGAAAAUGGCUUUCGAGGCUGAGGAUGGGGCAGGAGCUUACACAGAUGAGGACUCAGAUUUAGAUUUUGAUGUGGAUGCUCUGGAAAAGCGAGAGAAACAGAAGAAGGAGAUUGGAAGGAAAUGCUCCAAAACAAAGGUGGUUCCCUCUGAGGUAGAUGAUACGUUUUUCAAACUGUCAGAGAUGGAGUCAUUUCUUGAUGAUAUGGACAAGCGAGAAGGAAAGGAGGAUGAGAACGAAGAUGAGCUAGACUAUUUUCAGGACAUGCCCUCUGAUGAGGACGACGAUCUUGACUUAGAUCAAGUACUUUCUACCAAAAAACUAAAGAAAAACACAGUAAAGAGUUCCAGGAACCUAAAGUACAAGGACUUCUUUGAUGCUGUGGAGAGUGAACCAGCUAAAGCAGAUGAUGAGGAUGACAGCAUGGAUGAAAGCCAGGAAGAAGGUGAUGAAGAAAUAGAUGGCGAGGAAGAUGAUUAUGAUGGUGAAGAGGAAGGCAGCGAUGAGGAUGAAAAGACCAAAGCAUCUAAUAAGAAAGUGACCUUUAAUCUCUCUGGAGACGAGGACAGUGAGGGAGAGGACAUGGAGGACAUUUUCGGAGGAAAAACCCCAAGCUCAGCAAAGUCUAAAUUAAAGUCAUCAUUUGAGAAACGCCAAGAAAAGAUGUCAGAGAAGAUCGACGAGUUGGAGAAAGCAGCUCUCGCGGAAAAGCCCUGGCAGUUGUCCGGAGAGGUGACGGCACAGACUCGUCCAGAGAACAGCAUGCUGGAGGAACAUGUGGAGUUUGAGCAGACAUCCAGGAUGGCCCCUAGUAUCACAGAGGAAACCACGCUACAGCUUGAAGACAUCAUCAAACAGAGAAUUAAAGACCAGGCGUUUGAUGAUGUGGUCCGCAAGGAGAAACCCAAAGAGGAGGUAUUUGAGUACAAGAAGAGGCUAACGUUGGACCAUGAGAAAAGCAAACAGAGUCUAGCAGAAGUCUAUGAGCAGGAAUACCUCAAGCAGAAUCAGCAAAAGACAGAGGAGGAGAACCCAUCCCAUGUAGAAAUUCAGAAGCUCAUGGACACACUCUUCCUCAAGUUGGAUGCUCUCUCCAACUUCCACUUCACACCUAAACCACCUGUUCCCGAGGUCAAAGUGGUGUCUAACCUGCCAACCAUCACAAUGGAAGAGGUGGCUCCAGUUAGCGCUAGUGAUGCCGUGCUGCUCGCACCAGAAGAAGUCAAGGAGAAGAACAAAGCAGGAGAUGUUCUGGGUGAUACUGAGAAGACGUCAACAGACAAGAAGCGUGACAGGCGCCACAAGAAGAUAGUGAAGCGUCUAAAGAUCAAGGAGAAAGAAAUAAGACAGAAACUUAAAGAGGCCAGUAAAACUGGCGAGAACAAAAGGCCAUCCAAGGUUGAUGUCACAGAAAACCUGAAAAAACUCACAAAAGGAGGCAAAGCCACGAUAUUGAAGGACGAAGGGAAGGACAAGGCUCUGCGGUCCUCUCAAGCCUUCUUCUCCGAACUGCAGGACCAGGUUAAAAGUCAGAUCAAAAGUGCAAAGGACCAGUCAUCAAAGAAGAAGAAACACAAAGAGAUUUCUGUCAGCAAACUCAAGUUAUAACAACUGUGAGGGUUUGCUAUGGAAGAUCGUUUUUAUUGUAAAGAUUCUUUUUUUAUUAGG